AUGGAACGCCGCGUUCGACGUCGUCCUCCGCACGGGCCUCUCCCCCGGCUGCCAUACGGUUUGCUAUGCCGACGAUACGUUAGUGGUGGCUGGGGGGACCUCCUAGAAGGACGCGGUUACAAAGGCGAACUGGGCGGUGGCAUGCGUUGUCGGCGCAAUCGAGGACUUGGGGCUGAGGGUGGCCCCACACAAAACGAAAGCCACGUCUUUUUCCACGAUGGCUUCUGCGGGCCCCCUCCACAGGCCUCAGUCCUCGUGGGUAGAACCCAAAUCCAGGUGGGGACAACCCUGAAGUACCUAGGGUUGACCCUGGACGGCUGGUGGGGCUUCGUCGAGCAGUUUGACGACAUUGCCCCACGGUUGGGCAAGAGGGCCAAUGCCCUCAGAGGUCUGAUGCCCAACCUCCGAGGUAUAGGUGCGACCCUCUCGAUGUGA